AUGGGCAUUGCGCCCUGUGCAGGGGAGCAGUGUUGUGCGUCGGAGUUCGGUGCCUUUUCAGAGGUCAGACAAGAGUGCGGCUUCAGGGAGGAGAUCGUUCCUCAAAUAGUGAGGCAUUCCGCUUUGGAGCCGAAGCAUGAGAAGACACUGGCGCAGUGCCUGGCAACGUCGCCAGCAAGACAUACCGAUGUUUUCUUCAACGGCUCUGGCGUCCUGGAGCCCAAAGGCUCACCGUCCAUAUCCUCUCGGCGGAAGGAUCGGGAGGCAAAUCCAGAGUUGGAGGACGGUUCCCCGAGAGAAGAGGAACGCGAGGUCACCACACUGCGUAUGCUGCUGAAGCGUUUCGUGCAGGAGACGGUGAGGGGCCAAUCGUACCAAGUCCUCGUUGCAGAUGGCAGCUCAGAGCCGUGCAAGCUGCUUCUGGCACCCAACCUCCAAUACUUCCAACUCGUGACCGAUGGUGUAAUCCACGAUGUCCCGCUGAAGUCCGUCAAAGAUAUUUGUCCAGGAAGGACCAUACAGACCAAGCACACGCCUGUCGAUUUAGAUGAUCAGUGUGCCACCCUCGUCUUACGCAACAACGAGUGUGUCACUUUUCGCUUAAGCUGCAUCCAAGAACGGGAUGAGUUCAUACGGUGUGUGAAAGUGCUGGCUCUUGCCAUUGACUGA